CCCAAAAAUAUCUAAUUUUGGUCUUGCAAAAUUAUAUCUAACAAAAGAUAGCAUCGUGUCCCUAACUGCAGUAAGAGGAAUAGUAGGAUACAUGGCACCUCAGUUGAUUUAUAGAAACAUCGGAGGUGUCCCACACAAGGCUGAUGUCUAUAGCCUUGGAAUGUUGUUGAUGGAAACGGCUAGCAGGAGAAGGAAUUUAAACCCAUAUGUAAAGCAUUCGAGUCAAAUUUACUUUCCUACAUGGGUUUCUCAACAAUUGAAUAAAGGAACGGAGCUGGAAAUAAAAGAAGCCACGGAAGAUGAAAAGAGAAUAGCGAAGAAAAUGAUCAUUGUGGCUUGAAUCAAGAAUCAAGCUCCACCCAUGGGUGAUGGGUGUACCUUCCUAAUGCAUCAAUCAACCUGUUUGGGAAGGAGAAGAAUCUGGGAAAACAAAGAAAGCAGUUAAUUGUAAUUUUGUACGGUUCUUUUUUUUGGUAGUCUAAUUCAUGGGUGGGGUUAUUAAUGCUGUUGUAAAAUUAGGAGCUUUGAAAUGCCAGCUAGUCCUUUAAGUACAUGGGUUUGGAAAUGUCAGAAAAAGUAGAGUUAAGCAGUAUAAGUGAUGCAGUCAUGGGAUAACCCUUGAAGGAACUGCUCCCAUUAUUAGGAGCGAUAUAUCAUAACAUGUUAAUAGAAUGUAGUAUCUAGGACAAAAUCUGUUACUUAAAUCUGUUACAUAUUCUAUUAAAUGAUAUGUUAUAGU